GCAAGUGUGAAAAGAUUCUAAGUGUUGUCUCUAGGUCUCUCGCGUUCUACGCUUCCCUCCCCCAAUUCCACUCCCCCACCCCCCCAAAAGGGAAGCUUGCAGCAGAUUGUAGAAGGAUUUGAGCCUGCUGCUAGAGAGAAGGGGAUUAGGACCAGAGCGGUGCAAGUUAAAUUGUGCUGCAUAUAAAAUAUGGGCGGAUUGGUCUCCAGAUCCAAAGGCUGGUACCACCUUCCUUUCUAAAAUAAAAUCUCUCUGGCAUGAAGUCACCGCCUAUUUCACAUCCGGUUUGCCCUGGGACGUAUUACUACUGUCUUGGUAAAGAGAAAUCUUUGUUGUAUAGCUGCAGACUGGAUAUUGGGAAGCAAAUUUGGGUGUGAAAUCUUCAGCAAAGGAGCACGCAGAGUCCAUGAUGGCUCAGACCGAGUGAGUGAGCAGCAGAGCGCGGACGCCCCUGGCUCGCGCGCCGGACUCCGGACUCGCGCCGCCUCCAGCCUCGGCUCGAUUCUCUCUCGCAGACUUUUCCCGGUCUUGGGCGAUCCAGUGCCCAGAGGGGGCCGAGCUGCUCAAGCCCGCAAUGAAGAAAAGUCCAGGUUUCUCUGACUGUCUUUGGGUCUGGACCCUCCUUCUGAGCUCUUUGACUGGAAGAAGCUAUGAACAGCCUUCGUUACAAGAUGAACUUAAAGACAAUACCACUGUCUUUACCAGGAUUUUGGAUAGACUUCUAGAUGGGUAUGAUAAUCGCCUAAGACCAGGAUUAGGAGAGCGUGUAACCGAAGUGAAGACUGACAUCUUUGUCACCAGUUUUGGACCUGUUUCAGACCAUGAUAUGGAAUAUACAAUAGAUGUAUUUUUCCGUCAAAGUUGGAAGGAUGAAAGGUUAAAAUUUAAAGGACCCAUGACAGUCCUCCGGUUAAAUAACCUAAUGGCAAGUAAAAUCUGGACACCGGAUACCUUUUUUCACAAUGGCAAGAAGUCAGUGGCUCACAACAUGACCAUGCCCAACAAGCUGCUGCGGAUCACAGAGGAUGGCACCUUGUUAUACACAAUGAGGCUGACGGUGAGGGCUGAAUGUCCAAUGCAUUUGGAGGACUUCCCUAUGGAUGCCCAUGCCUGCCCUCUAAAAUUUGGAAGCUAUGCUUAUACAAGAGCAGAAGUUGUUUAUGAGUGGACCAGAGAGCCAGCACGCUCAGUGGUUGUAGCAGAAGAUGGAUCACGCCUCAACCAGUACGAUCUUCUUGGACAAACAGUAGACUCUGGAAUUGUUCAAUCAAGUACAGGAGAAUAUGUUGUUAUGACCACUCAUUUUCACUUGAAGAGAAAGAUUGGCUACUUUGUUAUUCAAACAUAUCUCCCAUGUAUAAUGACAGUUAUUCUCUCUCAAGUCUCCUUCUGGCUCAACAGAGAGUCUGUACCAGCAAGAACUGUGUUUGGAGUAACAACCGUGCUUACCAUGACCACUUUGAGCAUCAGUGCCAGAAAUUCCCUCCCUAAGGUGGCAUACGCCACAGCUAUGGACUGGUUCAUUGCUGUGUGCUAUGCCUUUGUGUUCUCAGCUCUGAUUGAAUUUGCCACAGUCAACUAUUUCACCAAGAGAGGUUACGCAUGGGAUGGCAAAAGCGUGGUUCCAGAAAAGCCAAAGAAAGUGAAGGAUCCUCUCAUUAAGAAAAACAACACUUAUGCUCCUACAGCAACCAGCUACACCCCAAAUUUGGCCAGGGGUGAUCCUGGGCUAGCCACCAUUGCUAAAAGUGCAACCAUAGAACCCAAAGAGGUCAAGCCGGAAACAAAACCACCGGAACCCAAGAAAACCUUUAACAGUGUCAGCAAAAUUGACCGACUGUCAAGAAUAGCCUUUCCCUUGCUAUUUGGAAUCUUUAACUUGGUCUAUUGGGCAACGUAUUUAAACCGAGAGCCUCAGCUAAAAGCCCCCACACCACACCAGUAGGUAUUUGUAGUCACCUUCCAUUGUUCAGUCCUCUGCACUGGGAAUUGCUUUAUGUUCUCAACGCAGUAAUUCCCAUCUGCUUUACUGCCUCUGUCUUCAAGAAUUUGAAGGUUUCCUUAUUUCCAUACUUCAUAGAAAAACAAGAGACCCCUGUCUGGCAGCCCAGAGCAGAGCAAAGUAUGUAGUUUGGAGAUGUGAUUCUGAGAGAGGAAGUGAGAGCAAAAUCAUGUCAGAAGAGACAGAAUGAGAGAGGAAAGGAAAGAGAAAGUGGCCCAAAAAAUGGGGGAAAGCAGAAGAAAAAUAAAAUUUAACUAUAACCCCAUGUCCAUUUGUAGAUAUAUAUUUCCAAAUAUUCUAAAAAAAGAGAUUCUAUAUACAUCAAAAAUAUUUUUAUGUGAAGGUGUUUAAAAGGAUAAAUUAUAAAUGUUUGAUGAAGAAAAAUUUUUAAAACUCUAUGUCUUUAUUGCACAAAGUAUGGCGUGCUUAUGUUUUUGUUUUUGUUUUUUUAUAACUAGAUGUAUAGAUAGCUUUAACAUUUUGUUUCCAAAGCUAAACAUCCCCAUUUUUUCCUUUUAAAAAAUGCCUAAUCCAUUAUUUAGUCAUAAAAUGCUAUUUUAAAAUUCAUGGAAAUUUCAUAGGCAAAGGUACAGCUGCUUGCCAUAGAGCAGAUUUAGUCCAAUGGAGAGAAAUGCUUUAAAUAGGCUACUUCAUUAUGAUCUGAGCUAUUACUACUGAACUCAAAGAAGAAUCACUUUGACAGACACGUUCAACAGAAACUAAAAAAAAAAAUAAUAAUUAAAAUAGAAUAAAAUAAUUUAAAAAUCCCUUUUCCUCCCUAUUUCCCAAUAGCACAUGGGCCCAAUAAUAAAUCAUUUUAUUCUUACUAUAAAAAUGUUUAUAGAGGGGCAAAAAUACUUUGCAAGCUCUAGAAUUGUUGAAUGUAUUCUUUUAUAUAACUACAUUAAAAGCUGUAGAUUGAAAUUUAUGACUAGCAAACAAAAAUAGAAUAUAUAAAUCAUAUAUGUAAAUAUACAGCAUGAGAUUGUACAUUUUUUACUUUUUUUAAAAGUUGUGUUCUUAAAAUAUUGUGUAGGAUUCGCCACUCUUAGCUGACAGCUGGUAGGAAUCAGAUGGAACUUAAAACAUAUGGGUAUCAAGUCCUCUUAGGUAGAAAAAGCUUCUAAUUUCAAACUGUUGUCUGGUGUACAGUAGUAGAUCAGUUGCUAUCUGUUCAAGUCAUGCCACAACACAUUCCCCUAUUUUAGGCUACUGUAAUAUAGGAAGAAAAUGGGAAGUAUUAGUUGGAGCUAGAAAGUCAACUGUAUAUUAUUGCUAUAUUUGCUGAUACCAACUAUUUCAAUAAGUGUUGUACCAUAUGUAGCAUUAAAUAUAAAAUAACAUGAAAGAAUGUACAGAAAAUAGCUUCUAUUGAGUAAUAUUAUUACAUUUCAUUUAUACUGUAUGUAGCAAUAUAUUUGUAGGUAUACUAUGUAAGGGCUUUAAAUUACAGAGGUUCAUUAAUAUGCUCUAUAAAAAUUCUAGUCUGUUUCAUUACUGCCCAGAUGUUUUAGGGAUAAAUAUUUAUGAAGAAGGUAUUUUUGAAGGCUCCUUUUGUCUGACAGUUUCACAGAUAUUUAAAUUUUGUGUUCAGAAUUCAUGGGUCCUGGUCUAAACACAUUUAGAAUACUACAACAUAAACCUCUUAGCAUAAUUACUAAAUAAGACAGUUGGGAUCCAUACCCAAGUUUUGAACAAUGUUUUUCUCAAAAAGCUGCUAUCCAAUGAUGUAGGAAAAUACACUGUGUUUUCCUAAAUAAACUCUGGUUUUUCUUUUUAAAUGUGCUUAAUUGUUUGAGUUUGUCCUGCCUAAAUUUCAUGACCUAGGCCAAUAAAGCCUGAACCAAGGACAUUUUAUUCUCUGCUAUCAUGUAUAGAUAUUAUGUAUAGAAAAUAAAUUAUGGUUCUAACUUCUGUGUUGCUGUUUAUCUUGUUAUUUUUCGGCGUUAACCUAAUGUGUUUAUUGAGAGCUUUUUACCUUCUAAGCUCCUCAUGGCUAACUUUUGGUCUGUAUUUUGUUCAUUAGAUGUGACUAUUUCCUAUUAGUCUGCUUUCUGCUAUGCAAUGACUGCAUUUCUAUUAUUUUUUAGUUUGUUAGUAUAUGUGGAUGGUAUUCUACUGUAUAAAUUGAUUGCACAGUUCAUCAAAGACAAAGUAUUCUAUGUAGCUU